AUGAAAGGCCUCUACACUGUCUGUGUUGUCCUUUUGGUGUUGGGGAGCUUCUCUGAAGCAAAGUUUGAUGACUUUGAGGAUGAAGACGACUUAGUGGAGUAUGAUGAUAAUGACUUUGCCGAAUUUGAGGAUGUCAUGGAAGAUUCUGCUACUCAGUCUCCUCAGCGGGUGAUAACCACUGAGGAUGAUGAGGAGGAGACCACUGUGGAAUUGGAAGGGCAGGAUGAAAACCAGGAAGAAGAUUUUGAAGAUACAGACACCCAGGAGGGGGACACUGAGAAAGAGCCAUAUGACGAUGAAGAAUGUGAAGGCUAUGAAGACAAACCAGAUACCACUUCCAGCAAAAAUAAAGACCCAAUAACAAUUGUCGAUGUGCCUGCACAUCUCCAGAACAGCUGGGAGAGUUAUUAUCUAGAAAUUUUGAUGGUGACUGGCCUUCUUGCCUACAUCAUGAAUUAUAUCAUUGGGAAGAACAAAAAUAGCCGUCUUGCCCAGGCCUGGUUUAACACUCACAGAGAGCUGUUGGAGAACAACUUUACUCUAGUAGGGGAUGAUGGAACUAACAAAGAACCCACAAGCACAGGAAAGCUGAACCAGGAGAACGAGCACAUCUACAACCUGUGGUGUUCUGGCCGAGUGUGCUGUGAAGGCAUGCUGAUCCAGCUGAGGUUCCUGAAGAGACAAGACUUGCUGAAUGUCCUGGCCAGGAUGAUGAGGCCUGUUAGUGAUCAAGUGCAAAUAAAAGUAACCAUGAAUGAUGAAGACAUGGAUACCUAUGUGUUUGCUGUUGGCACACGGAAGGCCUUGGUGCGACUGCAGAAAGAGAUGCAAGAUGUGAGUGAGUUUUGCAGUGAUAAACCUAAGUCUGGGGCAAAGUAUGGGCUACCCGACUCCAUGGCCAUCUUGUCAGAGAUGGGAGAAGAUGUGUUUCCUUCUUUCCUAGGGACCAAGGCCUUGUGCCCCUACUCCCCCACCCCCAUGUCUUCACUGCGUGUCUAUGCAACCCCGGGAGCCACUGCCAGCGGGGCCACGACCACCAGGGCCCUGUGCAUACGCGGCAACAUUGAGCCUCGCGGAUCCGGCGGCCAGGACCCCGGGGGAGGAGGGGGCCGGAAUCCCGCAGGAGGAGGGGCCCGGGACCCCGCAGGAGGAGCGGUCAGGCUCCGAGCUCGCGGCCGGCCCGCCCCGCCCCUCGGCCCGCCCGGCCAGCGGGCGCCGCCCCGCCUUACCAGGGUUUUGGCUACGUUCCCCCUCUGGAAUCCCCACGUUAGCCCCUCCGCCGAGGCCGGCGCGUGCCGCCCGCCCGGGCCGCUGCAGGUGGCAAGGCGUGGCCGGAGCCCCGCGCGCCCCGAGCCCGACCCCCGGCAGCCAGCUCCGGAGUGA